AUGAAACAAGUGUUUGCUGUCGCUGAGUCUAAGACUGGAGUAUGUAUGCUGUUUCUCAUUGGUCUCGACGAAUCAUCGGAAGAAUCAAUCGUCUUCUUUAAAAGUGACACGUUUGGCCAAGGCAAAGUAAUUACCGUGACUAUUGUGGUAUCAAAUGAAGAUGAGUUUGGAGCAACCAAUCUUGCUUUGUGUUCGACUUGUGGGGGUGGACAGGAGUCCGAGGUCAUGGUGUCGCAUGCAGACCUUGCGCUCGGAGCAAAAGGUACUCGCUUGCUCCGAAGCAAGACGAAAAAAGAUGGCCCAUCCAAAUAG